AUGGCUGAUAAAGAACAAGUAAUCCAGGCACUUAGAGCAACACUUCUUUCAGUGAAAGGAGCUAUAACAAUAAAACAAUGCAACAGAGAUUAUAGAGAAUUACAAGGGGAAUGGAUUCCUUUCAAGAAGUUAGGUUAUCCAACACUUGAAAAAUUAUUCCAAGAUGUCCCCGGAUUUAAAAUUACUCAAGUGAAUGGAGAUUGGGUUGUUGAUGCUAUUGCAAGCCAGGAAACACAACACAUUGCUUCUAUGGUAGCCCGUCAGAAAACAAACAAAAAGCAGAUAAUCAAAUUAAAUCAUACUAACCGCUUUCCAAAAAAGCAAGGAUCGUGGAGAAAGCCAACUCACACAUCUAAUUACACAUCGAGUUACAACAAUCAAUACUCAAACCAGUAUUACAGAGUAAAAACAACACCAUUCAACAAUAACAGUUACAAUGGAGGCAAGUAUUACAAGAACAACAAAUCAAUUGAUUCAAAGAAUUCUUCUAUUACUUCCAAAACGUCAACAAAAGGUACUGAAAAUCAGGAUAAACCUGUGUUAAAGAGUGUUAAUUCUUCAUCUCAGAUCAUUCAAAAGUCAAAUAUAAUAUCAGAUGAUUAUAAACAUUCCAUUAAAAAUGAGAAAGAGACUGAUUCAAAACCCAAUCGAAAGUUUUCUGCUUCCCAAAGAUUAUCAAAGCUAUGUGACAGAUUGAGUACAGUUGACUUGAUACCGCUGCAGCUGCCAGCUCACAAUAAUUUAUUGGAUAGUACUGAUCCAGUGAGUGGUGCAUGUCCUCCACCGAAAUUAGAGCCACCUCCAGAUUCAACGGCUGUGGAGAAAUUGGAAUGGACUUGUCGCAAGCUGGGUCUGCCCCCGCCCGUCUAUAAAGUUAAUGAUAUACGACCAAAACGAGGACCCGUCAGUUAUGCCUGUAAUAUCAAGGUGGGGACGUACCACUCUAUGUCAUACCCGGUGCUGUCUCCGUCCGAGGAGGCGGCCCGGGAGCUGGCUGCUGUGAACCUCCUGGCGCAGGUCGAGAGCCUCGAAGCGGGCGGGCUGGUGACGGCGAGCGCCGCCUCCGCUGUGGCCGGACUCACUUCACUGGUCGCUGAACAUUCCGCCGGGUUACUGGCCAAACACGUUCCACACCAGUACAGGGAAAAAUAUGGAGAAAAUUUGCCAAACAAUUGGUUGGAGCUCAUAGAGAACUGUCCAUACAUUUUAAAGGAUAGAGUAGCAAAUGACCUUUUAGUUCUUCUUCCUAAUAUCGAGGAACCUACUUCUCCGCGAGUAGAAAAUUUCCACCAGGAUAACACUCUCGACACAGAUCUGCCACCAUUGCAGUUCCCAGAGGAUGAUUUUUGGAAUGUUUUCAUUACUGUAGCAAACUCUACUUUAGAGGUCUGGCUCAGAAUUAUCGGACCACAAUACAGCGACGCUUUCGAAGUACUUCUAGUGGAUAUGGCAACUUAUUACGAACACUCUGGAACUACUGUCGAUAAAUCCAUGAUAAUAAUAAAUGCUUGGUAUGCAGUUAAUCUGAACGACGGUGGAUGGCAACGAGCGAAAAUAUUAGAAAUCGAAGACGAAACAGCGACCGUGUUCUUAGGAGACCACGGAGACGACGAUACAGUAUAUUUUAAGAAUAUCAAGAUACUAGAACCUCAGUUUAGAAAAUUACCGGCGCAGGCGAUCCUGUGUCGUUUGGAAGGUGCGGAGGAAUUGGCGGCGAGUGAGGCGGGCGCGGCGUUGGUGAGGCGGAGGCUGCCCGGGGAGGUGCUAGUAGCGGCGCCCGGACCAAGACACGACCCCACAGACCCCUCCGUGGCCGUCGUUCUAUACGACACCUCCACGCCGAGAGACCUCAACCUCAAUAAGGAGAUAGUACACGACUUCGCCAUCUCCGGCGCGUUCACACUCACACAGAAGCUGUGUGAGGUGGAGGUUGGUUGUGUGACGGAGGAGGGUCGCGUGUGGGUCUCUCGUGCGGGCGGGGCGGAGAAUGUUCGCGCGGCCCUGGCGCUGCUCACCUCCGGGCCGUACCGCCGCCCGCUACCAGCUGCACCACACGCUCCCCCCACUACACCCAACGCGCUAUACAUUGUGCGAACAUUAGCUGGUGACUGGGUCCGCUGCAUCAUUAUCAGUGGUUUAGACGGUGAGGGUACGGUUCGCACUCAGCUGGUCGACAGCGGUCUGAUCCUUCGUGCUCCACUCUCUUCCCUUGUACCGCUUCAAGCCUUCUCACCCGCUCUCAACGAGUACCCGUACCAGGCAAAGCAGGUUCGUCUUGGUCCUGCGGAGCGUGCGGCCGGCAGUAUGGUGUCCCGUUUGCGAGACAUGUUGCUAGGAGCGAGCGUGUUGUGUCGCGCGCUGCCAGGCCCCGCCCCCCCGGCCGGCGCCCCGCCCAACGUGGAGCUGUACGCGCGCUGGGGACCUCAACACAUGCUGGCCUCCGUCAACGAUGGAAUACUCAUGGAGUACGAGCUGAUACAACUAGGAAAAUUAGAAGAGAAAAAGGAGGGUGACUCAACGAAUCAUCUGGAAGCUUUGCAUAGAAAGAAGGAGCGUAUCUUCGGUACGGGGUCUGCGGGGGACGGAGGGGGGCCGGCGGGGGGCGGGGAGGCUGCACGGAGCUCCUUACCGGCGCCGCAGCUCCCCGCUAAAGGGACCUGCAUCGAUGUGUACGUCGCCAUGGCGGCAAACCCGUGGAACUUUGUGGUCCAGCCCAACGUGACCAGGAAAAUGCUACAAACAAUGAUGACUUCGUUGCAAGUGGAAUGCCCAAAGCUGCCGGAAACUGAUGCUCCUACGAGUCCCGUCAGUGGCGAACUGUACACGGCCUUCUACGAUAAAGACGACACGUGGUAUAGGGUAACUAUAGCCGGUUCUGUGUCGUCUGAGAUGGUGUCCGUGUAUUUCUGUGACUUCGGUGAUCUGGCUUUGUUUGCGAACGAGUCGCUUCGUCCCGUGCCGGCCACGGUUCCUCUAGCGCGAUCCUUACCACCGCAGGCUAUCAAGGCUCGGCUUUACGAUGUAAAGCCGUUGCAUAAAGACUGGACAGUUGAAGACUGUAUCAGAUUCCAGGAACUGUGUGUGGAGCAACAGUUUGUUGGUGUGUGUAAGGAUGUUGGCAAGGACCCUUUGAAUCCGACGGAGCCGCUGGUCACCCUAGACCUGAUUGAUACCUCCACUGAUGAAGACAUUUAUUUGAACAAGCAGUUGGUUGCUGAGGGAAGGGCUCGUCUAGCUUCAGUUUCCUCUACCUAA